AAACGCCAUUAAAAAAAAAUAAAGCUUUCUUCUGAUUUUCUGCACAACUAGACAUUUGUUUGUUUGUUUUAAAAUGUUUCAACAAAAUCCUGGUUUGUUUCGAAAGAUGUUGGAUUAGCAUUUAACACCUCGUCGGUCACUAAAGCCCAGUUAGUUCACCAGCCCCAACACAGCCUCGGCUAAAAGAACAUCAGAGCAAACAGAGCUGGGCCUUUUUAAACUGGCAAACAAAUGCCACACACAGCCUAAAGGAGGGCGGGGGGUUAAGACGAACUCGGGUCCAAAUGAGUUUGAAGGGAAUGAAAAGAAAAGAAAAAAAAAGUUAGCACAAGUUUUACUAAAGCCAGUUCGCGAGCACAAGCGUCGCGAACAAGGGCUUUUGUGCAUGCUAAUUGCACCAUUUGUGCGCAAAAGUUCCGACGCAAAGUGUGAACUCUCAACAGAAGGAAACAUGAGACAACUGAAGUGCCCUGGUUUAUGUGCCCUGCUCCUCCUCCGCUGCCGCCUCCUCUUCUUGCUCCUUCCUCCCGCCGAGGCCGCUGUUGAAGCUUGUUUGCACUGGGGCUUAUCCGGAGCGGAAAUUCCUUUCCGUUUUUGUGAAUGACAAACUCAUUAACAAUUCAUCAACACAACCUGUUCCAGCCGGCCCGUCCCCACGGCAACAGCCCCUUCCGCAGAGCGCUCAUUGGCUGGCCGGGAGAAUGUAUCCAUUGAGACGCUCGCUGUUUGUAUCCAUUGAGGAGCUGCCUCGCGCAGGGGGUGUGCGAAGGCUGAGUCCAAGAGAUAGUGAGCAAAUCGAGUCUUGAAUAAUCCGGGGAGAAAGACGCCCGGCUAGAUUUGAGGUGCAGCUUUAGAGGGAGGGAUUAGGAGCCGCUAGACUUUUUUUCCUCUCCUCUCAGUAGCACAGAGUCCGAAUUAAUUGGAUUCCAUUCACUGGGGAGGAACAAAACUGUCUGGGCAGCUUCAUUCAGAGAGAUUCAUUGACACUAAGAGCCAGCGGCUGCAGCCGGGUGCGCAGGGAACCGCCGGCUUUACUUUAGUGUCGCCUUCCCCGACCGCCAGCCUCGGCUUGGGUAAGGCGAGGCGAAUUCAACUCCGCUCCCAGAGCGGCAGCUUCGCGCGGUGCGCUCAGCCUAUGCCUGCCCCGAGGGGCGUCUGGUAGGCACCCCGCCCUCUCCCGCAGCUCGACCCUCAUGAUAGAUACGCUCAGACCCGUGCCCUUCGCGUCCGAAAUGGCGAUCAGCAAGACGGUGGCGUGGCUCAACGAGCAGCUGGAGCUGGGCAACGAGCGGCUGCUGCUGAUGGACUGCCGGCCGCAGGAGCUGUACGAGUCGUCGCACAUCGAGUCGGCCAUCAACGUGGCCAUCCCGGGCAUCAUGCUGCGGCGUCUGCAGAAGGGCAACCUGCCCGUGCGCGCGCUCUUCACGCGCGGUGAGGACCGGGACCGCUUCACCCGUCGCUGCGGCACCGACACGGUGGUGCUGUACGACGAGAGCAGCAGCGACUGGAACGAGAAUACCGGCGGCGAGUCGGUGCUCGGGCUGCUGCUCAAGAAGCUCAAGGACGAGGGCUGCCGGGCGUUCUACCUGGAAGCUCUGCAUGUAGACGAGUUCGUGCGGUGCCCGUGGUGUUUCUUGCGCCCGGCUGCGGUUCCCACAAGCUGUGAAAACUACUACGACAUCUCGGGUUACACGACUGCUUUUCUCGUCCCGGCAGGUGGCUUCAGUAAGUUCCAAGCCGAGUUCGCCCUGCACUGCGAGACCAAUCUAGACGGCUCGUGUAGCAGCAGCUCGCCGCCGUUGCCAGUGCUGGGGCUCGGGGGCCUGCGGAUCAGCUCCGACUCUUCCUCGGACAUUGAGUCUGACCUUGACCGAGACCCCAAUAGUGCAACGGACUCGGACGGCAGCCCGCUGUCCAAUAGCCAGCCUUCCUUCCCCGUGGAGAUCUUGCCCUUCCUCUACUUGGGCUGUGCCAAGGACUCCACCAACUUGGACGUAUUGGAGGAGUUCGGCAUCAAGUACAUCUUGAACGUCACCCCCAAUUUGCCGAAUCUCUUUGAGAACGCAGGAGAAUUUAAAUACAAGCAAAUCCCCAUCUCGGAUCACUGGAGCCAAAACCUGUCCCAGUUUUUCCCUGAGGCCAUUUCUUUCAUAGAUGAAGCCCGGGGCAAAAACUGUGGCGUCUUGGUGCAUUGCUUGGCUGGCAUUAGCCGCUCGGUCACUGUGACUGUGGCUUACCUUAUGCAGAAGCUGAAUCUGUCAAUGAACGAUGCCUAUGACAUUGUCAAGAUGAAGAAAUCUAACAUUUCCCCUAACUUCAACUUCAUGGGCCAGCUGCUGGACUUUGAGAGGACGCUGGGACUCAGCAGCCCCUGUGACAACCGAGUUCCAGCACAACAGCUGUAUUUUACUACCCCCUCCAACCAGAAUGUCUACCAGGUGGACUCCCUGCAAUCCACGUGAAAGACCCCACACCCUUCUCACUAGGAUGUGUCCGUUCCUUCAGCAGUUUCUCUUGGCAGCAUCAGCUGGGCUACUUUCUUUGUAUGUGGCCCCAGGUGUCAAUAUGACACCAGCUGUCUGUAUUAGACAAGGUUACCAAGUGUGGAAUUGGUUAUUACAAAGAGAGAUUUGCUCCAUUCUCUUUGGAAGAACAGGACAUGCUGUAUAGAUACAGGCAGUAGGUUUGCUCUGCACCCACGUGUACAGCCUACCCAUGCAGGGGCUGGGAUUCGAGGACUUCCGGUAUAUAGGGUAGGACCAAAUGGUAGGGUAGGAGCAUGUGUUCUUUAGGGCCUUGGAUGGCUGUUUCCUUUUGAUUCUGGAACUGACUAUAUAUUGUCUUCAGUGAAGACUGAUUCAAUUUUGCAUAUAGAGGAGCCAAAGAGAGACAUCAGCUCUGUAUUUGUGGUAUCAGUUUAGAAAAAAACAAAAUCUGAUACCAUUUGAUGAUUGUAAAUAUUUGAUCUUAAAUCACUUGACAGUGUUUGUUUGAAUUGUGUUUGUUUUUUUCUUUGCUGGGUUUAAGAGAAAUUAUCCAAAGGGCGAAAGAGCGCAGUAUGCCACUUCUUAACACAAAAAAAUAGAAAAUUUUGCUCUUUUCUAAUCCAAAGGGUAUAUUUGCAGCAUGCUUGACGUUACCAAUUCUUAUGACAUCUUCAUGGACACUAUUAUCAAUAAGACCUUGUUAUGGCGCAGUCUUUAGUCUCUUUCGUGUAUCUUCCUCUUGAUUUUUUCCUCUUAAUGUAGUUUGACUAUGCCUUACCUUUGUAAAUAUUUUGGCUUGUGUUGUCUCAAAGGGGUAUCUUGCAAAGACACCAAAAUCAUGGGCUCACUUUUUUUUUUUAACUUCAGCUGUGCUAAACAGUAUAUUACCUCUGUAUAAAAUUCUUCAGGGAGUGUCACCUCAAAUGCAAUACUUUGGGUUGGUUUCUUUCCUUUUUUUAAAAAAAUUUGUAUAAAACUGGAAGUGUGUGUGAGAGCAUGGGUACCCAUUGGAUAGGUGAAAUGCAUAUGAUUGUGAAGGAAGGAGAGUUAAGUUGCUCCAUUCUGUUCGUGGUGUAAAGUUUUGAGCUGGAAUUUAUUAUAAGAAUGUAAAACCUUAAGUUAUUAAUAAAUAACUAUUUUGGCUAUUGAA